UCAUUUCUCCUCCUCUCAAUCAGCUGUUCAUGCCAAACUCGGAUCACAGCUGCCACCGAGCAUCAGUUCUGGGUGACGUUUCUCGUUUGAAGGGGUUUCUUUUUUCUGCCUUCCCCUUUCCUACCCAUACCGAGGAGGGGCGGGUCGUUGGGGGGCCCUGCAGGUGGGCGAAUCGAGGGGAAUGGCAGAAGGUCCGGGGGCCAAGAAGGCCUCCUCCCGGCUGGCCACGGUAGCCGGCUGGGCCCAAGCCUUCUGCCGGGGCUUGGUGCAUUUCUGCAGCAACCAGCUGGCCUGGCUGCUGGGGGUGCCGUGUCUCCGCCGGGCGUACCACCUGUGGCUGGCGGCCGUCGUCAUUUUCGGGCCGCUGCUCCAGUUCUACGUGAACCCGCGGGCCAUCUUUGCCAACCAUCACAACUUCUUUAACAUCAAGUUUGUGAGGUCCGCCUGGGGCUGGACCUGCAUCUUCCUGGGGGGAUUCAUGCUCCUGGUGGUGUACCUGGCCUCCCAGCGGCUCCUGCUCACCGUGCGCCAUCUCAGCCGGCUGGCCGUGGGGGCGGGGCUGUGGCUGGGGGCCUUAGAGACCUUCUUGCUCAUAGAGAACCUCACCGGCUACUGCUUCGACUCCGUGCCCGAGGGCAUCUUGGUGAACAAGCUUCCGGAUAAGCGGGCCUGCCUCCGCAAGGGACACCAGUGGCACGGCUACGACGUGUCCGGCCACACCUUCCUCCUCACCUUCUGCUGCCUGCUCAUAGUGGAAGAGACCUCUGUGUUCCGGCGAUACCUGGCCCAGGGCUACCCUGCGGGCGUGCCCCUCCGCCUCAUCUUUCUCCUCAACGUCCUCCUCCUCGGCCUAUGGAAUUUCCUCCUGGCUUGCACCGUGGUGUACCUUUAUGAAUACAGCCACAAGGUGGUUGGGGCAGCCAUCGCUACCCUCUGCUGGUAUCUCACCUACCGAGUCUGGUAUCGCUACUCGUGGUCUCCAGGGAGGCCUGGAGCGGGCCUGUUCCUGAAAGCGGCGCCCGAAGAGGCGAAGAAACGGAACUGAGCGCACCUCAAGGUGUUGACGGCCAGAAAGAGCUUUGGGAAAGGAGACCCUGUCUUGAAAGGCAAAUAAAAACGGGGUCCUUUUGA